AACCGCUGUGUUAAAUUCAUUGGUGCAGAAGGGUUCCGUUCUCUGAAGGCUCGGUUAACGGAUUCUAAUCCCGUGAAUUAUGCCCUGAAAGUAUUUUCUUCGAAUCGUGAAUGCGAACUGCGAACAUGGUUUGUCUGAUUGCCAAGAAAUGCAUAUUAGUUGGACUGUUGUCCCGAUUUUUUAUCUUUGUUUCAUCUCUGAACAAUGUUGCUCCAUUCGACGUGGGGUUGAACGUCGAAAUGACCGAUGGAAAUACGACGACACCCUUCUCCUUUAAUUUUGGAGAAAAGAGAAGCGCAGAUUGGCGCGAACUGUCAGCGAGUUUGGAGAACGCCAAGAGAUUGUUCAAAAACAAGGCCGACACUCUGUCGCGACUUUUUAAAAUUCAUAUCGAUAGAUUGAAGAGCCAAACCGACCAGGUCGAGUUGGUGUUCCUCGUCGACGCCUCGGGAUCUGUCGGUCUGAAAAAUUUCCAAAGCGAAUUGAACUUUGUGAAAAACCUUUUGUCCGACUUUAUCGUGGAACCCUCGGCUACCAGAAUUGCGAUUGUAACAUUUGGCGGAAGGAGGAACAUCAGACGCAACGUCGAUCAGAUAUCACGAACUGGUGACAACGACCACAAGUGUUAUUUGUUGAAUAAACAAUUAAACAACAUUACCUACACCGGCGGUGGAACUUACACGCGUGGCGCUCUCCUGGAAGCACUUAGGAUUCUCGAGAAAGGCCGAGAGAACGCGGUGAAAGCAGUGUUUCUCAUAACCGACGGGUUCAGCAACGGUGGAGAUCCACGACCCGCGGCGAACCUUUUAAAAAGUGUAGGCGCGACAAUAUUCACUUUUGGAAUACGAACGGGCAACGUCCAGGAACUUCACGAUAUAGCCAGCAUCCCUGGAUUCUCGCAUAGUUAUUUCCUAGACAGUUUCGCCGAAUUCGAAGCCCUUGCGCGGCGAGCAUUGCAUCGUGAUUUAAGAACAGGCAAGUAUAUACCCGUGACAGUCCCGGAUAAUUGCGAUCUCCUGUGCAAGAAUGUCAGCGAGGUUGAAAUAGAGGAGGGUUGUUGCGAUAAUUUCGCGACAUGUGCUUGUGGAAUCACAACAGGUCAUUAUGCUUGCAUCUGUCCCACUGGAUACUUUGGCUCCGGUUUCAAAGGAUCCUGCCAUUCUUGUCCAAACGGUACGUACGCUUCUGAAGAAAUAUCUGGCGAUUCUACGUCCACGUGCAUAUCGUGCCCUGAUGCCAAUCAUGUGACCAUCAAAGUACCUGCUACUUCGGUGGAGCAUUGUGUCUGCGCAUCAGGAUUUACAACGGACGGAACCAAAUGCGAAGUUAUAACAUGUCCCAAAUUAAAGAUACCAGAAAAUGGAUACUUGGUAAAAGCUGGAGCAUGCAGCAAUGUCGUUCAUGCUGCCUGUGGCAUAAGGUGCAGAAUUGGUUUUUACCUCACAGGUGACAGUAUUCGACUUUGUGGAAAGGAUGGCAGUUGGUCUGGAAACGAACCAAAAUGUCUACUGAAAACUUGUCCAGCCCUCCGAGUCCCGACACACGGUCGAAUGCGAUGUCAGAACGAAGAGGAUCAGCAUUUGAGUGUUACAGAAAAUUUCACAGCGUAUCCGAUCGACGCUCGUUGCCAAUUCAGAUGCAAUAACGGUUAUCAGCUUCGUGGGAGUAAAAUUCGCAAUUGUCUGCCUUUGUCGCAGUGGGAUGGCCUCAAAGCGACUUGCAAAGCAAUAACGUGCGAACCGCUGAAGCGAAUCGCGAAUGGAAAAAUUUUCCCUGAAAGUUGUUCUGGGCCAGAGAAGGUGCCAUUCGCUACAAAUUGUACGAUAAGCUGCAAGGAAGGUUUCGUGCUCGAAGGCCCACGUAGCCGACAAUGCGGAGGACGUUCUGGGGUCUGGUCCCAACGACGAAGUGUUAAUCGUUGCACAGAUAAAACGCCACCCUCGAUAACAUGUCCGCCAGACAUCGUCACGCAGAGCUUACCAAAAAAGAAUUACGCGUACGUUAAUUGGACAACACCAACCGUGUCUGACAACGCUGACGAGUUUCCAAUUUUCUGGAGUAAACCUUACGUCACGUUUCCUUGGAAAGUGAAAAUCGGCACGCGUACUGUGAUAUACGUGGCGCAGGAUUCAACUGGGAAUAAAGCCAAAUGCAAAUUCAAAGUCAAAGUUCUUGACACAGAACCGCCGAUGAUCGAAAAUUGCAUAGAUCCCCCAGUGUUCUACACUGAUAAUGGAAUCGGUAUAAGUAACGUAACUUGGGAUGAACCUGGUUACUACGAUAACUCAAAAGCUCCAGUGCGAGUGGAGCAAAACUAUCGUCCUGGAGAAAGCAUGUUCCCAAUCGGAUUAACAAAAGUGACGUACGAUGCGAUCGAUAAGUAUGAUAAUAAAGCGAGUUGCGUGCUGAACGUCACUGUAAAAGACAUAUGUCAAGAAAUUCCAGCGGUGCUGAACGGUUAUUCAAAUUGUUCCUCGACGUCCGUAAAUGAGACUAGCGAAUGUACCGUGGAGUGCGAAGAAGGAUUUGGAUUUGGAGACGAAGUUCCAAAUCUUCGAAUUGUGGAAGAUGUGUUGCAAUUAAAAUGCAACACGAGCACUUCGAAUUGGACAGAAGAGAGUUACAUUCCUGAUUGUGCGGAAUCAACUCCACCAAAAGCUGUUUCUCAAGAAGGAAGCAUCGUGUUGGAAGGAAAUACAACGAUCGUAUGCGACAACUUAACGACUCUUCGUGAAUUGAGCGAACAUAUCACUGCCAAUUUAAGAUCGACAUUGCUCGAUAUUUGUGGAAACGAUGUCGAGUGCAAUAUCAUUACAUUCGAUCCUGAAUGCGAGGAGAGCGUACUAUUAUCGGACACUCAAUCAAACGUACUAAGAAAACGAAGAGAUCUUGCUGUCAAGUUAUUUAAUAAUUUAACAACGACCAAUAAGAUAUCAAAAGGAGACGCUAAAGUGGGUGACAAUGUAGAUAGAAACAAAGUAAAAAUGAAGAAAAGGAAGGAGAAAAUAGAAAUAAAAUUCAAAUUUUUAGGAAAGAUAAUCGAGGAAAAUGUUGAAAACCCCCGAGAAGGUGUUCAAAAAUUAAGACAGAAAAUAGAGUCGAUGAGCCAAUCCGGAAAACUAGAUUUGUUGAAUAACAAAACGAAUCAAGAAAUCGCGAAGCUCGCGCUGAAUCUGCACCUCGUUUUCAAGAAUUUUCAGGAACUUUGCGAGCCAGGAAGCGUUCUGAAGAAGCACACUUGUGUGAAAUGUCCGUUGGGCACGUUUUUCAAUUCUUCGAGUGAACGAUGCCAUCCUUGUCCUCUUGGGGAAUACGAGGACACUAGCGGAUCUUUAAAAUGCAAACGUUGUCCAGAGCACACCUCCACGAAAAGAAUGCAUGCAAAAUCUCUGCGCGAUUGCAUAGGUCUAUGUAGGCCAGGAUAUUACUCUCGAAAGAAACGCUAUCAUGGCACACGUUCAGCUCUCGAACCUUGCUUAAUGUGCGAUAUCGGAUUCUAUCAACCAGAAUAUGGGCAAACCCUUUGCCUGUCAUGCCCGUUUAAUACCACUACGAAAAAUCGCGGGACCGAUGACAUAAAUAAGUGUCUAUCAGCGUUUCAAAUCGAAGGUGAUGGUUGCGAGUCGGAAUCUUGUUUCAAUGGUGCACAGUGCGUACAAGAAGAAGACGGCUUCGGUUGCGAGUGUCCCAAGUACUAUGUCGGUUCAAAAUGCGAGACGUUUCGAAGUCCGUGCGAUUCUUCGCCAUGCCUCCACGAAGGAUCAUGCAGCGUUCAUGGGCUCCCGAGUAACAUAACUUACGCUUGCGUUUGCAACAGUGAAUAUUCGGGAAGCAAUUGCGAGAUACACGUCGACGAAUGCGCUGUAAAUCCUUGCCAAAACAAUGGCACCUGCACGAGUACUGGAAUAGAUUAUAGCUGCGAAUGCAAGGAGGGCUUCGAAGGGGAGUUCUGCGAAAUCGCUGUGGAUCACUGUGAUCAUUCACAUUGCUUGGAGGGAUCCACCUGUCGCACCGUGAACGAAACCUGGCAGUGUUUCUGCAGACGUGGUUUUUUGGGUCGUCAUUGCAAUUUACUGCCUUGCGAUUGGGUCCCCUGUCGUGGGAAUUCAUACUGCGUGAACAUUGAAGAGGAAAACGCGACACGGAUGAGUUACAGAUGCGAAUGUAUGGAUGGCUACACUGGAGAAAAUUGUUCGAUGCCUGUGAAUCACUGUAGAAGCCUUCCAUGUAGGAACAAUGGAAAAUGCCACGAUGAAAUUAGUAAUUACACUUGCACGUGUCCUGUACCAUUUACAGGGCGGAAUUGCGAGACUGAAUUGUCAUCCGAUUACGUGAUGCACUUCACCAAAUCGGGGACGACAGACUACGCCAGUAUGAAAGGUUCUGCGGUGAACCUUUUGGAGUUAACAGUAUGCUUGUGGCUGCAAUCAAAGGACACAUUUAAUUAUGGCACGGUGUUGUCAUACGCUACACGACAUUAUGACAACGCUUUUACUUUAACCGACUAUAACGGACUUGUAAUAUACAUCAAUGGACAGAAAGUGGUGACGGACAUUAAAGUAAACGAUGGCUACUGGCAUUUCAUAUGCAUCACUUGGGAAAACGGAAAUGGUUCUUGGAAUGCGUUCAUGGAUGGAUUUUUGAGAGACAAUGGAACUCGCUUGGCGAAACGUAGCACCGUUCAAGGUAACGGAACCUUCGUCAUAGGACAAGAACAAGACCGCGUCGGAGGCGGGUUUUCCGAAUCAGAAUCCUUCCUGGGUAAAUUAACAUUGCUGGACAUUUGGAGCACAGUUUUAACAGCGGAGGACGUGAAACGUUUAUUCAGUACCUGCGAAAAAUACCACGGCAACGUAAUCGCCUGGUCACAGAUGCAAGAGCAUGUGCGCGGCGACGUUGCGAUAUUAAGCAGCCCGUUUUGCCGCGGUUGUCCCUUACCAGUUGUACCGUUUAAAGGUAAACUAAACGUCACCGAAGACUCGUCCGAGAUUACUUAUUACUGCGACAACGGUUACCUGGUGCGAUUUCGCGGCAAGGAGUAUCGGGCUUUGAAAGUCAAGUGCCUUAAACAAGGACAAUGGGAAGGCUACUAUACACCGGUUUGCGUCAGAAGAAAAUGUGGCUUUCCGGGAUACUUUCCACGAGGUCGUGUCCAGGGAAGGUCAUACUCCUUUGGCGAUGAAAUAAAUUACGUGUGUUUGACCGGUUACGAACUCCGAGGAAAUCCUCGUAGAAUUUGUAAUGCCGACGGGAAGUGGAGUGGACGACCUCCAGUCUGCAUAGGGAGAACGUGCAAGAAUUUGCUGGCUCCAGAAAACGGAGACAUUGAGUACGUAAUAGAAGAAUACGAAAGGGACGAUCUUUCGAUUUUGCAGGUUGGACAGCAGCUCGAGUUCAAAUGCGACCACGGAUUUCGUCUAGUAGGGGAGCAAUUUCUAACGUGCUUAGAAUCAGGAAUAUGGGAUCACGAGAGACCAUCUUGUGCGGCUUAUGGGUGCCCACCACCAAAAGAAAUCAAACAUGGGUACUCAACGUUUUCCGGUUCGAACAAUCUGCACGAUACUUCUGCCACAAGCCUCAACUUACAGACAACCAAUAACAGUCUCGACAGGAGCUACUAUUUUGAUGAUAUCGUUGCAUAUUCUUGUCAUUUAGGGUACAAAUUUCAGGGUAACCAUAAUUUGUUGGCUGAAUUUAGACUUCAGUGCACAGAGAAUGGUACUUGGAGUGGAUUCGUUCCCGAUUGCGUGGCCUUAAAAUGUCCUUGGCCCGGUAUUGUAAAUAAAGGCAAAAUAUUAUUGAAAUUCCAAGACGAUACAAUCGAACUUUCUAAUGUAACAAAUGAAGAAAUCACAACGAAAGAAAGAGGAAAAGAAGAGACAGAGAAACAGUUCCUCGUUGGGUCGCAAAUUCUAAUAAAAUGCGACGCAGGCUAUAAACUAAUUGGAGAUGACGUUAGAACUUGCACUGAUAAAGAAGAAUGGUCGUCAAAGUUCGCGUCUUGCGAACCUCGUGAAUGUCCCGUUCUAGAUCAUCCACUUUUGCGACGUUUUAACGAAGAAAGAAUUUCGAACAAUCAAAGUAAAAAAAGAGACAAUGAAAAACAUUACAAUGAAUCCUACAGGAAUUUAAAAUAUUUUGUGGAGGGCUAUACUUACAUGAAGAAAAUAAUUCUCACCUGCAAAAACAAUGUUAGAAUCAAAGUAGCAGAUGGAAAUAUUAAUGAAUAUAUUUCCAAUUUAACAUGGUUUUGCAAUGAGGAUGGAAAAUGGGAACUCAAAUAUUUAAAAUUAAAUGAAAGCAUUAUUGAAAAUUUAUUAGACAAUAAAAUUGGGGAUAUUUGUCAAGAAUUGAUGUGCCCUUUAGCCAGAGUUCCAGAACAUGGAUACAUAGUUGGGAAUAGUAAUAAUUAUUCAAGAACUAUAAACAGUACCAUUACUUUCAAAUGCCGUCAUGGUAGUACUCUAGAAGGUAAUGAAGAAUCUGUCUGUCUCCCAAACAACACAUGGUCUGCUAUCCCUUCUUGUAAACCUGUAACAUGUGGGAAACCACCAACACUUGCAAAUGCAAUGUUAAAAGAAGAUAGUGUUAAAUCAGCAUAUUUUUCAUUUGGUAAUAUGAUCACUUAUCAAUGUUUGCCUGGAUAUUUGAUGUUUGGGCAACCAAAUGCAAGAUGUCUUGCAAAUGGAAAAUGGUCCAGAGUGUACAGUAAAUGUACAAAACUCUCAUGUAACAAACCCAAACUUCCACCUGGAGUUACUGUGCAUGGUCGUUCAUACUUGUAUCAAGAUCAAUUGACUUAUGUAUGUCCUAACGGUAAAAAACAGGGUCUAAUCACGUGUAAAGCGGAUGGACAUUGGAGCGAAUCGCCGAUUUGCGACGAGAAAUAAUAAAAAGAAUUCAUGAUAUAUUUAAAAAUUGAUGCGUGUAUUUAAAAUUAGAACAUUGUAGCAAAUUUGUCUGAGAAUUUUUUUUAUUAAAUGUCAAAAUUAUUAAAUUUUUAAUAUAUUAUAAUACUUUUCCAUUUUACAUCCCAUAAGUUGUUUUCACAAAGUAAUAUCACUGUACAAGAGAUAAUCUACUAAUAAUGAAUGUGAUCGUUAUUUGUAAAAUAUUAUAUAUAUAAUUUCGGAACAAAAUAAAACAGUUCUUGAAACUCGUCAUUAAUAGAUAUACGUUAUUGAGCAUUUCAUAGACUUACUUUUAUUACUUAGCUUAUUUGAUAGAAACAAACUUCUUAUCGAUGUAAAAAGGUAAUGUAUUAUUACAUGUUAAUUAAAAAAUUAGUCGAUCUAUAUGAGUGACAAGCGUAACAGAGAAGAGAAAGAAUAAAUAUAUAUAUAACAACAUAUUAUUAAUAGAUCAUCACAUGUACACAUUUGUUGAUAUAGUACACUGCAUUUUGGUACAAAUAGGAUUCAUACGUGUAUAAACGCACUGUAUCAGAAUAUCUGAGGAAGAGCAAUGAAAAAUGAAAACAUGAAAAUAAUAUGUAGUACGAAAAAUUUGAGUCACAUUAUUUGUCUAACAUUGGUAUGAUAAAAACGGAGCACCUUUUAUGAUAUUCAACGUGUAUUAGCAUGGCUACACUAAAAACCAUUAAUGCUCUUAAUAAAUCUUCAUUGCUCAGUAUUCCUAAGUAUUUUGAAUCAUAUCUACGGUAUUGUUUAAUUCACAGUUUAAAAAAGAAUAAUGUUUAAUGCCUCUUCCUGAAAUUUAAAUGCAUAUAUCUGCCUUCAAAAAUUCAUUCAAUUAAAGUGUUUACAAAAUGAUAUGUACACAUAUACUCAGAUACGAAUAUAUGUGCGUUAAAUACUGUCAAUCAUUUUGUAAAAAAAAAAAGAAUAUCCAAAA